UGCGGUUAUUCGAUGAUUUGCCUCUGCAAGGACAGCAUGACUAGUUCUGUCACAGCCAUGUGAGUUUAGUGUCGCGAUUCGCAUUUUCAUUUUGGAGGGCUUCAAGGAAGAGCACCCGACCAACCCCCCCGGAGCACAAGUACAAAUCCGUAUCUUCGCAUGUCAAGCCUCGUUAUCAACUAUUUUCAACCGUUUGCCAGGCGUUGUCUGGGAUGCCCGGUGACUUAUUGGCGUUUUUUAAUUACCGGUGACUGUAUAACAGUGGUCUCGGAACUGUCACAUAGUCUAGGCUAUCAUAGGAGGCACAUUUGGUCUGUCAUGCAAUGGAGGCUCGGAUUUUUACCCUUUAUUUACUUAUCAUCGUCUGCUUGUUUCACGUGUCUCUACAGGGACAGCACCAGCGCAGACUGUACAAGGACCUGAUGCGAAACUACAACCCUCUGGAGCGUCCCGUGUUCAAUGACUCCCACUCGCUCACCGUACACUUCAGCUUCAGCCUCAUGCAGAUCAUGGAUGUGGAUGAGAAGAACCAGGUCCUGACGACCAACAUCUGGUUACAGCUGUACUGGACUGACUACUACCUGCAGUGGAACACCACAGACUACCCUGGAGUUACCAAUGUCAGGUUCCCUGACACCCAGAUAUGGAGGCCUGACAUUCUCCUCUACAACAGCGCUGACGAGAGGUUUGACGCCACCUUCCACACCAACGUCCUAGUCAACUCCACUGGCUACUGCCAGUAUCUCCCCCCAGGAAUCUUCAAGAGCACAUGCUACAUCGACGUGCGCUGGUUUCCCUUCGAUGUCCAGCGCUGUGACCUCAAGUUUGGCUCGUGGACAUACGGGGGCUGGUCUUUAGACCUGCAGAUGAUAGAGGCGGAUGUGACUGGAUACAUUGCUAAUGGAGAGUGGGACCUUGUGGAGGUCCCCGGACGGCGGAACGAGCGUUUCUAUGACUGCUGUAAGGAGCCUUACCCUGACGUGACCUUCACGGUGGUGAUGCGUAGACGCACCCUCUACUACGGCCUCAACCUGCUCAUCCCCUGUGUCCUCAUCUCCACCCUGGCCCUGCUCGUUUUCCUGCUGCCCGCGGACUCUGGAGAGAAGAUCUCACUGGGUAUCACUGUGCUGCUCUCUCUAACUGUCUUCAUGCUCUUGGUAGCCGAGAUCAUGCCGGCCACCUCCGACUCUGUUCCUCUCAUAGCCCAGUACUUUGCCACCACCAUGGUCAUCGUGGGCCUGUCCGUCAUCGCCACCGUCCUGGUCCUCCAGUACCACCAUCAUGACCCGGACGGAGCCAAAAUGCCAAAGUGGACACGCGUGGUGCUCCUGAACUGGUGCGCCUGGUUCCUGCGAAUGAAGCGGCCCGGCGAGGAGCGUGUGCGUCUGGCCUGCCACAACAAGCAUCCGCGCAACAGCCUCUCCAGUGUGGAGCUCAGUAUGAGCCAGGGGACCCUCCAGCCCACCAAUGGCAACAUGCUCUACAUUGGCUUCCGGGGCAUGGAGGGCAUGCACUACACCACCACCCCCGACUCUGGCGUCAUCUGCUCCAGGCUGGUGGGGGCAGGGGACGAGGAGGUGCUGCUACCCGGGGCCGGGCUGCCCAACUUGGGCAGCAUGGCAGGCGGCACCGGGGUGGGGGUGGCGAGCCCCGUGGACUCCGACAUGUCCAAGAUCCUGGAAGAGGUGCGCUACAUCGCCAAGCGCUUCCGGGGCCAGGACGAGGACGAGUCGCUGUGCAAUGAGUGGAAGUUUGCGGCAUCUGUGAUUGACCGGCUGUGCCUGAUGGCGUUCUCUGUGUUCACCAUCCUCUGCACCAUCGGCAUCCUCAUGUCAGCGCCAAACUUCGUGGAAGCCAUCUCCAAAGACUUCUUCACCUGAGCGGGCUGUUUAUGUUGGAGGAUGAGAGGGAUGGGGUCACGUGUGUGUGUGUGUGUGUGUGUACAUGUGUGUGUUUGU